AACGCGCUCGCCGUCAACCACUGUUUUCCUGUUGUGCGGUAAUAUUUGCGGAGAGCUCAAUAAUAAUACAAUGCCCGCUCCUUAACGUGAUAUAACCGGAAAACUAAUACAUUAAAGUGAAACCAUGAAUUAAGUGCAUGCUGCCAUGGGAACAUCAAGUGCACAAAUGCGAUAAAACAGCAAAUACCGAUGGGGUGGUCAAAUGGCGUUUAGCCCGGUGCAGGAUAGGGAUGAAUCGCACACAAAUCAUGAAGCGGCUUAUCAUCGCCACUGCCUUAGCCUUCAUUGGUGGGUGGACACCGCGCGUGGAUGCGUACUGCGCGCCUUACAUGGGUAAAGUGUGCAGGAAUUACCUCAACAGCACCACAAUGUUUUGGUACUCAGAUGAGGGUGGCUGGAAUAAUGACAAGAUUACCACUAGUCUAUGGGAGGAGUUGAUUGUCACAUUGAAAGAACCCUGUCGGAGUAGUGCUGAAAAAUUGUUGUGUAUGUAUGCAUUCCCAAAAUGUACUCAUGACAAUACAGCACCGCUGCCGCUCUGCUACGAGGAUUGCAUGGCGGUCAAGGAGCAGUUUUGCUACAAUGAUUGGGUCACCAUUGAGGACAAGAAGCAGCGCGGGAUUUAUAUUCGUUCGCGCGAACAUUUUGAGCUUCCCGACUGUAAAAAGUUACCAAAAUAUGAAGUUAAGGACAGGUCGGCUACUUGUUCAUAUGCGGAGAUCAUGGAUGUGAAGAAGGAUGAUGUUACUAUUGAUUGUGUGAAAGGCACCGGCCGAUUUUACCUCGGCAAUACGAAUAUAACAAAAGACGGCCUAGAAUGCCAACGAUGGCACUCGCAAAUACCUCAUGCAUUUGAUCGGCCUCCAUUAUACCUACCAGAAUUACAAGAUGCCGAAAACUACUGCCGUAAUGCCGGUGGAGAAGAACACCAUCCAUGGUGUUUCACAACAAACGCGAGCGUGCGUUGGCAGCACUGCAACAUUCCUAUUUGUGAAAACUCCACCUUGCAGUCCGAGGAGCUGCCCGCUGGCAUCGUCAUGGAUCUCUACUUCUCGCCCACAUUCCUCAUCAUGGCAUCCGCCAUCGGCCUAUUCGCGAUUCUCAUCUUCCUGCUCGCCAUCCUCCUCUGCCACCGGAUACACAAGCACAAACGCGGCUACAACCCGCCUGCGAAUGUACAAGACGUCAACAUUGACUUGGAUAAACUUCCAAGCAACCAGGCCUAUCAUCGCACAGCAGCGCGAUUGAAUCCCAAACUGGAAUUACUCGAAUUUCCAAGGAAUGAUAUUAUUUAUAUCCGGGACUUGGGGCAGGGGGCUUUCGGGAGGGUUUUUCAGGCAAAAGCGCCGGGGUUAGUCCCAGGGGAAGAUUUCACAAUGGUUGCGGUGAAAAUGCUCAAAGACGAUGCUUCUGAUGAUCUGCAGGAAGAUUUUGAAAAGGAGGCGUGUUUACUAGCAGAGUUUGAUCAUCCCAAUAUCGUACGGCUGUUGGGUGUGUGUGCCAUUGGCCGCCCAAUGUGCUUACUCUUUGAGUACAUGGGUCGCGGAGACCUGAAGGAGUUUCUACGGCAAUGCUCGCCGAGUAAUUAUGUCGUGCGCAGCAUUGACGGGGAACAUCAGAGCAUCUACCGCGAUAACCAAUUGAAUCAUUUGGAUCUGUUGGAUAUUUCUCUGCAGAUCGCUAGCGGAAUGGUGUAUCUUUCCGAUCGGAAGUUUGUUCAUCGUGAUUUAGCGACGCGGAAUUGCCUGAUCAAUGAGGAAAUGGUCGUGAAGAUAGCCGAUUUUGGUCUGUCACAAAAAAUCUAUCUUCAGAAUUAUUACAAAGGGGAUGAACGAGAUGCAAUCCCAGUGCGAUGGAUGCCACUUGAAUCAAUUUUGUACAACAAAUACACACCAGAGAGCGAUAUUUGGGCGUUCGGUGUGUGUUUAUGGGAGAUAUUUUCGUUUGCGCUGCAGCCGUACUUUGGCAUGACGCACGAAGAAGUGGUACGUUUCCUCAAAGCGGGUAACGUGCUCGCCUGCCCGGAGAACACCCCCGCGCCUGUCUACGAAGUGAUGAAGUCCGCCUGGGCAGCCAAACCUUCCGACCGCCCUGGGUUUGAGUACAUCCACAAGACUCUCUCGAAUAUUCAACACGCGCAUGCGGAAAUGUACGCACGGCAAAUGCAGCACCUAACCUAGAAUUAGGCAAACGGUAAACACAAAUCAAACCAGUCAAAUGAAGUCAAAACCUAACCUAUAAGUCAAACCGCAGCUCAGUCACAUUUUUUGCCAAAUUCUAUUUCUUAUACAUAUUUAUAGAUAUAUACAAUACUACCAAAUAAGCACAAGCCAAAAAACAAAACAAAAUGGAGGAUGCGAACAUCACAGAAGACGAAUUUGUCAACUCAAACUUUUACCGAUAGGCGUUUUUACGAUUACAAUAAUUAUCUUUAGUACUUUAAUCUUUAUAACUCAAAAAUUGAUAGGAUGAUAAGCUGAUAUACAUGUAUAGAUGGAUGUAAGUGUAAGUAUGUUGUGUGCAUUUUAUAUUUAUAUACUUUAUACGUACGUCGUAACUGGCUGGCUUUGUCGUCUCUCGUUAGAAUUUCGAUUUAUCAACAAUUAUAUUUACAUAAAGCUAUAAGGAGGAAAACAAAAUCAAAGAGACUAGAAUAUUAUACAUUACAAAGGGGAGCGUAUUUGUAAGAAAACAUUUUUAUGACGGAUUAAAAAAAUUUACUACCCUGA